AUGGAUUUUGAUCCCACAAGUCGGCAAGUCAUGUUAGCCAUUUAUUCAAUGACAGUCAUGAGCAAAUCACUUUGGGAGCAAAAAUUGGGAAUUUAUUCUAGUUUUGGGUUGCCAGAAGAUGACAUUAUUGCAGCAUUCAAGUUACAACCAGUAUGUAUGUUGGGUUCAGAGGAGAAGAUCAGGAAAUUAAUGGGCUUCUUUGUUAAUCAGCUGAAAUUGAAGCCUAAAGUAAUUUCCAAGCAUCCAAAUCUGUUGCUACUUAGCUUGGAGAAGAGGAUUGUUCCAAGGUGUGCUGUUCUGCAACUUUUGAUGUCGAAAAAUAUGAUCAAGGGAGACCUGAGCUUAAUUUUUGCACUCAAAAUGACUGAAAAGAUGUUUGUGGGGAAGUUUGUGAGAAAGUUUGAGAAUGAGAUUCCUGAAGUUGUUGAGGCACGUCAAGGGGCUUUAGUAGCUCUGCCCCAGUUCGUAGGUGUUACCUGCAUUUAUCCAGUAGAAACAAAGCUAACUGGGACUAUCCCAGAAGCUAUUGGGAAUAUUUCAGGCUUGUUGAAUUCUCUGACUGGUGAGAUUUUCCUUUCUCUUGCAAAAUUAGGUGCAUUGCAGGAGCUUCUGUUGUCUGAUGACGACAUUACUGGCAAAAUUCCAGAAUUCAUUGGCAGCUUUUCAAGAAUCAGCUUCAUGGUAGCAUACCAAAUGAGCUGGCUAACUGUUGCGUUGGACCUUUCACGCAAUUCUCUCAAUGGGUCAGUUCCAACUUCUCUCUUAGAGAGGAACUUAUCUGAAUUGCUGUUGAUAUCAAAUGAGCUCUCUGGUGGAAUUCCACCUGAAUUUGGCAAUUACACAAAGUCUGAUUCGUUUACGGUUGGGAUCAAACUUGUUUACUGGCCAAAUUCCAUCAGAAAUUGGGCUCUUGCAUAG